UUGUGUAGUGGUUGGGUGACGUGGAUUUUACUUCAACCUAGAAUCGAUUCUCAUGCUGGUAUUUUAGAACUCGAGCAAAGUGCACACUAUUAUAUAUAAAUAAUACUUUGGUAACAGUGAUUUUUUAACAAAGAGAAGGUUAUAAUUAUUAAUUGGAGCCAUGGAUGAGCUCAGUGAGAGAAGAGUGUGAUGAGUUGGUAGAGAAAAGAGAAGAUGCAAAGAGGAACAACAGAAGUUGAAGAAGAAGUAGUGUCAAGGGGUUCUAAGUGCCAAGACUGUGGGAACCAAGCGAAGAAGGAAUGUUCAUAUUCAAGGUGCAGAACUUGUUGCAAGAACAAAGGCUUUCACUGCCAAACCCAUGUCAAGAGUACAUGGACUCCUGUGGAUAGGAGGCGCAACAAGGAUCAUCCACCUUCAUCUUCGCACAACUUUCACACAGAUAAUAUUCCUCAAAACCACAACCAGAUCAAUCCAUAUUCAGUUUCAGGUUUAGAGACGAAAUUUCCUUGUGCUACGAAUUCGAUGGCUAUGUUUCGGUGCGUUCAGGUUCGCUCCAUGGAUGAUGCGGUAAAUGAAAUAGCGUAUCAAACAAGUGUGAACAUUGGGGGGCGUGUGUUUAGUGGAAUACUAUAUGACGAAGGCCCUGAAGAAAGGUAUAAGAUUGUUAACAAGGGUGAGAGUUGCAGUGGUGUUGUUGAUGAACAGCAUGGUUCAAUCCACAGUAGAGAUAGCAGUGACCCUUCUUUUCCUCCACCACCAUAUCCAUUUCCACUUGCUUCCUUCAGACCCGGUAUGCCAUAUUUCCCAUACCCAAGAUCUUAAGUAAUUCAUAUACCUUCUUUGAUGAGUUUGAACAAUGAUACUAUAACUCUCAUUUUUUCAUCUUUUUAUUUUCUGACGUGAUUUAGUGUAGAUUAUUGAUUAUCUUUUCUUUUAAAAUAAUUAAUAAUUUACACUAAAUCACGUUAUAAAAUAAAAAUAAAAGAUGAGUCAAAAAAUUAAGAGUUAUUGUAUAAUUUUUGUCGUAGUUUUGACGUGUAAUUUAGCAUGUGGCCGCCGCUAAGUUUGGCAGUUUUGUCCUCUUGCUUUGCUGCUGCUAUGAUUCCCUUUUUAGAUUUUUGUUGAUGAUAAUGUUUAGAUCCUCAACUCCCUCGUUAUUCUGCACUCUCUACACUUCUGUUACCUUUGAUGAUGUUUUUUUGUUAUAUUAUUAAAAAACUGAUUUUAAAAAA